CCAAACCGAGCUACUAGUGCAUUACAUCUUCUUUUCAUCACUGCCACUUUUUCAAUAGCUCAACAGACUCCAUCUUGUGACAUUGACUUUGAAGUCCAUUGAAGUCAAAGCAGGGCAUUUUUUAAUAGGCUUCUUUUGCUGGUUGCCCGUUCUUAUGAUUAUUCUUCCACUGGAGUGCUGCUGCAGGUGGAAUGAUGAGGUGAAUCAUGGCAGGUAGGUCAGUUGUAACCUAUUCUGUAGGGUGACAGAAAGAAGAGUUGAGCUUCCGAUAGUGGAGUGAACCGCUCACAGUACGUGUUCAGCAAGAGCACAGAGAUGAGAACUCUUAUCUUCAUCCUGUGUGCGCUCGUUGCGAGUCUUCAGACCGGUUUUGGAAGCACAGACUCUCAAGAUGCUGCUGCUCUGCGGGCUCUAAUGAGCGAGUGGCAGAGCCCGCCUCCAAGCUGGGGGACAACUGACGAUCCUUGUGAAACACCUUGGGAGGGUGUCUCAUGCAAAGACUCUAGAGUCACCAUUCUGAAAUUGUCUACCAUGGGGAUCAAAGGCACACUGAGCGCAGACAUCGGGACACUCAGCGAAUUGACAAUUUUGGAUCUAUCAUUCAACAGUGAGCUUGGUGGUCGACUAAAUCCGCUUAUUGGAAAUUUGACGAAGCUGACCACCCUAAUCUUAGCUGGUUGCAGCUUUAAUGGGAGCAUCCCAGACGAACUAGGAUCUCUACAAAACCUCUCAUAUCUCGCUCUAAACUCAAACCAGUUCACCGGCAAAAUCCCAUCAUCCAUGGGCAAACUUUCCAAUCUUUACUGGUUCGAUAUCGCUGAUAACCAGAUCAGUGGACCUCUUCCAGUCUCCAAUGAAAGAGAACCAGGCCUGGACCUGCUUCACCAAGCAAAACAUUUCCAUUUCAACAAAAAUAAUUUAUCUGGUUCCAUCCCGGAAAAACUCUUCCACUUAAACAUGACAUUGUUUCAUGUAAUUUUUGAUGGAAACACAUUAACAGGAAGAAUUCCAGACUCCAUAUGUCUAGUCAGAACCAUUAUGGUUCUAAACCUAGCAAAUAACAUGUUAACGGGUUUAGUACCAGAUCUGAGUGGAAUGGAUAUCCUCUAUUAUGUGGAUUUGAGCAACAACACCUUUGAUCCCUCAGAAAGCCCAGCAUGGUUCUCGAACCUUACAUCGCUGACUGUGCUAGUGAUACAAUCAGGAGGGCUCUCUGGAAAAGUACCUGAAGCACUUUUCAGUUUUCCUCAGUUACAGCAAGUGAUACUGGAUUACAAUCAUUUUAAUGGCACCCUUCAACUGGGCACGUCUGUCAGCAAGCAACUAAAUCUUGUGAGCUUCAUAAAUAAUAAUCUCUCAGAACUAGUGACAGGCGGUUACACUGAAUCCCUAAUACUCGUAGGGAAUCCUCUUUGCAAUCAGUCAUCAAAUAAAAAAUACUGCACUCGUAGCCAACAGUCACCAGUUCCUUACUCAACCAGUGUUGUUAAUUGUGGGUCGAACUUGUGCCCCCCGGAUCAGAGUCCUAGUCCUCAGAGUUGCAGUUGUGCCUACCCAUUCCAAGGAGUGAUGUACUUCAUAGCGCCUCUUGUCCGAGAUGUGUCGAACAGAACGCUGUUCCAAGAACUGGAAAAAAAAUUGGAAACAGUACUUGAUCUCACACCUGGAUCAGUAUUCCUGCAAAAUGUAUCUUUCAACAAUGACUUUUAUAUGCAAAUAUAUGUCAAAAUUUUCCCAUCCAGUGGAAUGUACUUCAGUAGGUCUGAGAUCCAAGACAUUGGGUUCGAUCUGAGCAAUCAAACAUUCAAGGCUCCAUCAUCGUUUGGUCCUUACUAUUUCAUUGCAUUUACGUACCCUUUCCCAGCCGUAGAAGGAAGAUCCACAAUGAGUGUUGGAUUGAAAAUUGGAAUAGCAGCUUGUUGUGCACUUCUGGUUAUUGGACUUCUUGUUGUAACUAUCUAUGCCUUGAGACAGAGAAGACGUGCAGAAAGGGCCAUCGAACGAAGCAAGGCUUUUGGAUCAUGGACACGCAGCGGAGAAGAAAACAGUGACGCACCACAGUUGAAGGGAGCAAGAUGGUUCUCUUAUGAAGAACUUAGAAGAUGCACCAAUAACUUUUCAGUGUCUAAUGAGAUUGGUUCUGGAGGUUAUGGCAAGGUCUAUAGAGGAAUGCUUCCAGGAGGGCCAAUAGUUGCAAUCAAGAGGGCGCAGCAAGGAUCGACACAAGGUGCACUUGAAUUCAAGACAGAGAUCGAGUUGCUGUCAAGAGUUCAUCACAAAAACCUAGUAUCACUAGUGGGUUUCUGCUUUGAUCAAGGGGAGCAGAUGUUGGUAUAUGAAUUCGUUCCCAACGGAACACUAAGAGAGAGCCUCUCUGGAAAAAGUGGGAUACUGCUAGACUGGAGGCGGCGGCUGCGAAUUGCACUUGGUUCAGCUAGAGGAUUGGCAUAUCUUCAUGAACUAGCUGAUCCUCCAAUCAUACACAGGGAUGUUAAGUCAAGUAACAUCCUGUUGGAUGAAAACUUGAAUGCAAAGGUCGCAGAUUUUGGCCUUUCAAAGUUGAUAUCGGACGAUGAAAAGGGCCAUGUUUCCACUCAAGUAAAAGGAACAAUGGGAUAUCUUGAUCCUGAAUACUAUUUGACACAACAGUUGACAGACAAAAGUGAUGUUUAUAGCUUCGGAGUGGUGAUGCUGGAGAUGAUUACUGCCAAGCAACCAAUUGUGAAAGGAAAAUACAUCGUUCGUGAGGUGAAGAUGGCGAUAGAUGCUAGUGAUGAAGAAUCCUAUGGGCUAAAGGAAUUAAUGGAUCCUGUAAUUCAAAUCGCAACUAAUCUCAUAGGAUUCAGGAAGUACACAGAGUUGGCAUUGAGAUGCCUAGAAGAACUAGCUGCAGAUCGUCCAACGAUGAGUGAUGUCGUGAAGGAAAUUGAGAUGCUGCUGCAAUCUAAUGGUCUAAGCACACACUCACAGUCAGCAUCUUCAUCUACCAUUUCUGGCUCAAGGAAGGAUCCGAGUGAGGGUGCCUUCGAUUAUAGUGGUGCCUACUCAUUCUCUGCAAAACCUGAACCCAAGUGACAGAGCUUAUGCCUUGCAGAUUAGCAAAUCUAUAUAAGGACAAUACUAAGUUUUUGCUGGUAAUCUGUGUGCUAAAAUG